AUGGAGGAACGAGAUGAUUUGUCAGAUGAUCAGAGUGAAGAGCAGAGUAGUUAUGAGGAAUGUGAUAGUGUGGAGAAUAAUAAUGUUGAUGAUAAUAAUGAUAGUUGUUGGCAUGAUGAUGAAGGAAUAGACGAUCAGUUAUUCCAAGUUGAUGAAAUGAGGCAAAAUCAGGAUAAUGUGAUAGAUGAGGAUUAUGUGAAUGAUGAUGGUUAUCCUUCCACUCCAAUGAAUACAGAAGAUGAGUGGAAUCAUUUUGAUAUCGACAUGAAGCAAGAGAAGGGAUCGAUAAUAGAACCAUCCAAAGUUACAGAACUUUGUGUUGGUAAAAUGUUUAAUUCUGGUGCUGAUGUUAAAGCUGCAUUGCUUCAGUAUGUGUUGUCGAAAAAGUUUAACGUGAAAUUAGAUAGGAGUGAAAGUAAGAAAUUGAUAGCGGUUUGUACUCAUGAAGGCUGUCAAUGGAGAAUUUAUUGUUCAGUUGACGUAACAUUGGACAAAUGGGUUAUCAAGACCUAUUACCCUCACCACAGUCAUAUCCCAAAUGGAAAGGCAAAGAUGUUGAAGAUGAGACAGAUUGCCAACAUGUUUGUAGACAAGUUAAGGAGAAACCCCGGUUAUACGGCAGCUGAUAUACAAUAUGAUUUGCAAACUGAGUACAAUUUGACAGUACGGAAGACUAUAUGUUAUAAGGCUCGUCGUAUAGGGUUGGGAAUCGUCAUGGAAGAUCAGAAAGUUCAGUUUGGUAAGUUGUGGGAUUAUGAGGCAGAACUGCAUAGAUCCAAUCCUAACAUAACAACAGAAAUUUGCACCAAGACUGAGCGUGGAAAUGAAGUGUUUGACAAGUUCUAUAUUUGUUUCGAGGUGCUAAGAGAGGCAUGGAAACAAUAUUGUCGUCCUGUGAUAGGCUUGGAUGGAUGUUUUUCGAGAUGGAGUUUGAAAGGAGAGUUGCUAACAGCGGUUGGCAUGGAUGGUAAUAACCGUAUAUAUCCAAUCAGCAAGGAGAGUUUCAGUUAUAGCAGGACUGAAGGAGAAGACAAGUCUUUCGAUAUGAGAUCCCUGAAGAUCUUAAAUAGAUCUAGGGUUUAUAGAAAUCGGUUUAGUGAACCGGUUUGA